AUGGAAUUCGACGGUGUGAUUGUCGGUGGCGGUGGCGCAGGUAUGCGUGCGGCCCUGCAGCUGGCCCAGUCCGGACUGAAAACCGCGGUAAUUUCCAAGGUCUUUCCAACACGCUCGCACACCGUUUCGGCGCAGGGUGGUAUCACCUGUGCAAUUGCCAGUGAUGAUCCUAAUGACGACUGGCGCUGGCAUAUGUAUGACACCGUCAAAGGUUCCGACUAUAUCGGUGACCAGGACGCGAUCGAAUACAUGUGUUCGGAGGGGCCCCAGGCCGUUUUUGAAAUGGAACAUAUGGGACUACCGUUUUCGCGCACCGAAAAUGGCCGCAUUUACCAGCGUCCAUUUGGUGGUCAAUCUAAAGACUUUGGUAAAGGUGGGCAGGCUGCGCGGACGUGUGCCGCCGCUGACCGUACCGGUCAUGCAUUGCUGCACACGCUUUAUCAGGGCAACAUCCGCGCAAAUACAACCUUCCUGAAUGAAUGGUUUGCGGUUGAUCUCGUGAAGAACCAGGACGGCGUGGUCACCGGCGUUGUGGCCAUCUGUAUGGAAACCGGCGAGACCGUAUAUGUGGAGUCUCGUGCUACGGUAUUGGCAACAGGCGGAGCAGGGCGGAUUUACGCGUCAACUACAAAUGCUCUGAUGUGUACCGGUGAUGGCGCAGGUAUGGCACUGCGUGCGGGCUUCCCGAUGCAGGAUAUGGAAAUGUGGCAGUUCCACCCCACCGGCAUCCAUGGUGCCGGCACUCUGGUUACCGAAGGUUGUCGUGGUGAAGGCGGCUACCUGAUCAACAAAGACGGCGAGCGCUUCAUGGAGCGUUAUGCACCAAAUGCAAAAGACCUUGCCGGACGUGAUGUUGUCGCCCGUUCCAUGGUCAUCGAAAUUCUCGAAGGACGAGGUUGCGGACCGGAAGGCGACCAUGUCUUCCUGAAGCUUGAUCACCUGGGUGAAGAAGUGCUCAACAGCCGUUUACCUGGCAUUCUGGAGCUGUCUCGAACAUUUGCCCACGUUGACCCGGUGAAAGAACCGAUUCCCGUGGUACCUACCUGUCACUACAUGAUGGGCGGCGUGCCCACACAAGUCAGCGGUCAGGCUCUGACCCAGGACAGCAGCGGCAAAGAUGUGCAGAUUGAUGGGCUUUAUGCAGCAGGUGAAGCGGCUUGUGUAUCUGUACACGGUGCUAAUCGUCUGGGCGGUAAUUCGCUGCUUGACCUCAUUGUAUUCGGUCGCGCUGCGGGCAUGCAUAUAGAGGAAGUGAUGCGUCAGGGUGUCUCCUAUCGCAGCGCCAGUGAUUCUGAUCUGGAAAUGGCUAUGCAGCGGCUGAAUCGCUGGAAUGAGUCAAGUAGUGGCGAAUCGGUCUCCAGCCUGAAGAAAGAAUUACAGACCGUCAUGCAGAACAGCUUCGGCGUUUUCCGCACCGAAGAGCAUAUGCAGACUGGCGUCACCAAACUGGAAGAAUUGCGCGAGCGCAUCGGCAAAGCACAUCUGCCGGAUAAAUCUAACGCGUUUAAUACCGCCCGCCUGGAAGCACUGGAGCUGGACAAUCUGCUGGAAGUAGCCGAAGCCACCGCACUGGCGGCAGAAGGCCGCAAAGAAAGCCGUGGCGCUCAUGCGCGGGAUGAUUAUCAGACCCUAAGUGUUUAUCGAUACAAUCCUGAUGUAGAUGACGUGCCCGUCAUGCGUGACAUGGAAGUGGACUUGCCAGACGGCAAAGACCUCAUGGUCCUGGACGUGCUGGCGCUGUUGAAAGACCAGGAUCCAACGCUGAGCUAUCGUCGCUCGUGUCGUGAAGGUGUGUGCGGCUCAGACGGUAUGAAUAUGAACGGCAAGAAUGGUCUGGCGUGUAUCACGCCGGUUUCAACUGUCGUGAAACGCAACAAGCUGAUUCUGCGCCCGCUACCUGGUUUGCCCGUCGUGCGUGAUCUGGUUGUCGACAUGACCCAGUUCUACAAACAAUAUGAAAAAAUACAGCCAUACCUGAUCAACGACACACCGCCGCCUGCCACAGAACGGCUGCAAUCGCCGGAAGACCGUGAAGAACUGGACGGACUCUACGAAUGUAUUUUGUGCGCAUGUUGCUCAACCUCCUGCCCAUCUUUCUGGUGGAACCCUGACAAAUUUAUUGGCCCGGCAGGACUGCUGCAGGCUUAUCGCUUUCUGGCAGACUCGCGGGACACAGCCACUGCUGAACGCCUGUCCAAUCUGGAUGACCCUUUCAGUGUAUUUCGCUGCCGUGGCAUCAUGAAUUGUGUCAACGUCUGCCCGAAAGGAUUAAACCCAACCCGUGCGAUUGGUAAGAUCCGCACUAUGCUUAUGCAACAGGGUACCUAG